AUGGCCUACUGGAUAACAACCGGGGCUGGAGUUGAAGCGACUCGCGGCUCGAUUCCCCAGCGUCGCGAGUUACCACAGGACCGUGUCGUCAAUGAAACAAAUUUAGGUUCUUCUGCCGCAUGUAUUCCUCAUCAGAACAACACCGUUUUGUACGCCUAUUCGACGGAUAUCGACUAUGAUACAUAUAAACUUGGUGCUUAUAUUAUGGUUUAUUAUGCUUAUGUGUAUACAACAAUGGCAAAUGUUCGAUUCGAUACAAAACAGGAAGAGGAAAUUGAGUAUCACUCGGACACUGAAAGUUUCAAUGCUUCUCUGCGGUCUCACGCGCCUGAUCCAUCACUUGGUUAUGGAAACAAAACAAAUGGGAGUAAUUUGUACAAUGUGUUGAAGAAGUUUCUCAAUAACGGAAAGGUUUCAUUAUGCGGAGCCCAAGUGUAUAUAGCGGUGAAACGGUAUCCAGAUGAAUCUGCUGUAUCUGACAUUAUUUUCCAACUACGAGUAAAUAAUGUGAUGGUGCACAUUGCUGUCGACAGUAUCCCAUCAGGUGGUUCCGAUUCUACCUCACUAUACGACAUGUCAUUUCAAACCAAUGGAAUAUGUCUGUUCGCUAGCAAAAGUGAUCUUUCGAAUGCUUUUUACUACGUGACCGGAAUACUCUACACACCUUACCAAUUUAUUGCUCAAAACUUUGUGGUUUCUGAAUCGGGUAGAAUCGAACUACCAUUCAAAACACCGGGUUAUGCAGACUUGUGUUCAGUUGUAAUAACUGUUCAAAACCAUACACGUCACAAUUUAUUUGUUUCAAUGAAUUAUACAAUUGAAAGUACUGAUGGCUUUGUUGUUCUGAAAUUUCCAAGUAACCAUUCGUACCCUCUUUAUGGAACUGCACAAACAGAUUAUUUUUAUUUCAACUCGUCCCUUUCAUACAAAUGGACAAUCGACUACCAUUAUAACACCGAUGAACCACAAAUAAUUGAAUGCAGAAUGUACCGACGAUUGUGA